UCGGGUUAACGCUUUAACUUUUACAAAUGAGGGAAGUGAAUGUUUCCCGUACAUAAAUUCAAGUGUUUUUAAUGCACUAAUGUCAAAUGGCAGCUGUGGGAACAUGGUCUUUCUCUCGUCCUGCAGUGGAGAGAAUGAGAUGUAUGCUGCUAGCUGGACAAAAUGCUACAGAUGUUGUAGAAACAGCAAUUGCAGAAGUUGAAGAUGACGUAGAGACAGGACGGCACAUUGUUGGCAGAGGAGGAUAUCCAAAUUGCAAGGGUGUGGUUGAAUGCGAUGCUGCAAUUAUGGAAGGUGUGCCAGGGAGAUUUGGGGCAGUGGCUGCACUUCGAGGAAUUGCACAGCCAUGCCGUGUAGCCCGCAAAGUUAUGGAGAAGAGUCCUCACAGCUUGCUUGUUGGAGAUGGAGCAGAAGCAUUUGCUCAUGAACUGGGUUUUAAAUCUGAACCCAAUGCCAACAUGCUUUCCGACUAUUCAGCUACAGCUUACCGGGAAUUCCUUGAAAAAAAUAAACCUGUUAGAAGUGGGCAUGAUACAAUAGGUCUUAUAGCUCUUGAUACAGGUGGUAACAUAACAGUAGGAGUUUCCACAUCAGGAGCUCCCUUCAAAUCACCAGGGCGGGUGGGAGAUUCUCCACUUCCAGGCUGUGGUCUAUAUGCUGACCAUACAGUGGGUGCUGCAGCAGCUACAGGUGAUGGAGACAAAAUCAUGUGCUACUGCCCAAGCUUCCAUGUUGUGCAGCUAAUGAGACAAGGCUCAUCUCCUAAUGAAGCCUGUCACGCUGUGCUUGCCGACAUACAGAGGAGAACAGGUGGCGAUAAAAGCUUUGAAAUUGGGCUUAUAUCUUUGAAUAUGAAGGGAGAGGUCGGAGCUGCAUCCUCAGUGGAAUUUCCAUACACUUUCUGGAACCAAGGCUUGAGUUCGGUGGAGGAGCUAGUCAUUAACCAAUAUAAAUCCAUAAAUAUUUAAUUUCUACUCAUUAACUAUGUGGUUGGUCACAAAACGUCAUUACUUUUAACAUCUGUGUUUAAAUUUUCAAUCCUUUGUAUGAAAAACCACUUUGUUCAUUAUUCUUACCAAUCAAUAAAAAAUU